AUGUUAGCCAAUUCUCACAUGAUUAAGUCUCGAAAAUGUGGAGCUGGAAUUAAAUAUAAAUUCCGGAGGCCUACGAAGCCCACGCCCACGGUCGCCGUUAGAGUCAAAUUCAUGCCCUCUCCGUACGCCCACGCCCACGAGCCCACGGGUAUGUCUUCCCCCGAUUCCUGUUUCACGCCCACGCAUCACGCCCUCAUCCAGGUUCAAGAUUGCGCCCACGAGUACGGCGAGCAUAAUGCAGGAACAAGCAUGGAAGCUAGAGGUCAGAAGGCACCUCUAACACCUAAACAGGUGGUGAGUUUGGCUGUGGUGAGCGGGACGGCCAUCAUCAACGGCGUGAUGUAUGGCUGGAGUGCGGUCUUGCCCAAGCUCCAGGAGGACACCAGCAGGUUCACGGUGACCGAGAACGAUGUGUCGUGGCUUGUAUCGCUGACCUUGAUAAUGGGUUUCAUCACUGCCCCAUUAGUCGGAUCCUUAGCAGAGUGCGUGGGUCCGCGACGAGUGCUUGCGAUCAUAACGCUUCCCGUUGCUGGUCUUUGGCUCGUGCAGGCCUUCAGUCCUUACCUGUGGCUCCUUUACCUCGCGAGAGCUCUAAUGGCGGUUUGUGGCACGGGGGCGGUCAUGGUUAUGAACCCGUUGGUUGCAGAAUUAUGCCCUGCCCGGGUCAGAGGCGGGGCUGCAGUACUCCCAGAGGUGUUCGCCUGCUUAGGGAAUAUUCUGUCAUAUCUACUAGCUUCCCUGUUGCCUUGGGAAACGGCCACUGCGGUUUGUGCCGCCCCCUUUUUGCUCUUGUUCUUCAUGAUACUGCUUGUGCCAGAGUCCCCAUACUGGCUAGUGAGGAAGAAUGAGAUCGAUGCAGCUGAGAGAUCUCUAAGACUUCUUCUGGGUCGUGAUGGCAAUGUGGCUGGGGAACUGGAGGCAAUUAGGAGCACGACGACCCUCAGGCAGAGUGAAGUCAAGGACCAGGCGAGGGAGCUUCGCAAAGCACACAACGCUAUUCCAGUGGUACUCACACUAAGUAUAUUUAUCCUGAGAGAACUCGGGGGGAAGGGGCCAGUGUUCCUUUACUCUGUAUUUAUGUUCCGCAAUGCGGGAGUGCAGUUAGAUGCCUUCUACUGCACAUUAUUUAUCGGUGUUGUUCGCUUUGUAAGCACGUGUGUCUCUGCUUUCACUCUGGACCUGGUGGGGCGUAAACCUCUCCUUAUGGCGGCAGCACUGAUUUGCGCAGCGUCGGAGGGCAUCGUCGGAACCUUCCUCUUCCUGGAGGUUGAAGAGGCUACAUGGGUGCCUCUGACGUCCAUUACAGUGUUCGUGGUCAGUUAUGGCAUUGGUCUGGGACCCAUUCCGUGGGUAUACCUCGGCGAACUCCUUCCUACACCCAUCAGAUCACUAGGAGCUUCAAUAAUUACCUUUGGUUAUUCUGUUUUUCUGUCCACCGUAAACCUCGUGUUCCUGAAGGAGAUGUCCUCCCUGGGUCUCGGCCUGACGCUGCUUUUAUUCGGAGGGGCAAACCUGGCCAUCGUCCCGCUGGUGCUGCUCUUCGUUCCCGAGACCAAAGGGCGAACUCUGCAAGACCUGGAAAAAGCCUUCACACCCAGGAAGAAAAUAAUUCAAGCAGAAGACAACCCUGGAUUUGAAUCAGACGAGUUCAGUGGGAGGUGAAGGAGCAGUUUUUCCUUUGAAAAUUUCCCUGCGACGAACUCAUAAUCUCAAAACGAUGGUUAAACCACAUGGAAUAAAA